GCAAUAUACCUCUAUUAAAAAAAAAACUAGAUGCGGGUAGAUUGACCUCCCACCAGACUGCCGCAAGCUGACGAUCAAUGAAUUAGUACUCAGUACCAGUAGUCUUGCGUUGACGUUCGUUGAACCGGUUAGUAUGUGAGUUGGCCUCUACGUAUAUUGGCGUAUUUUUACUAGUGUGUUUGUGAUUAAAUCCUCCACGCGUAUCGGGGGAUGAAAUAGAAUAAGUGUAAUAAUGACAUAAAGCUCGUUUGACAAAAUGAUUUUGUUCGUCACCCUUAUUGUUCUGUUCGCUACGUUUCUUAUCGGAAACAGAAGAUACAGAUGGAUAUACGUCCUGUUUAAAACGCUCCCACGGGAUCUGCUGGCUGGUUUCCGAUUCGCACAACUGAACUUCACCAUUUGGAAAUGGGAACGUAACCAGGAAACUAUCCCGAAACUGUUUACGAAGUUGGUCGACAAACAUCCGGACAAAGUGGCGUUUUAUAUCGAGGAUCGACAGUGGACAUUUCGACAGGUGGAGGAGUUUAGCAACCGGGUUUCGCACUACUUUAAAUCCCUCGGGUACAAGAAAGGGGACACCGUGGCAUUGCUCAUGGAAAAUCGACCCGAAUACGUCGGGAUAUGGUUGGGGUUGUCCAAAAUCGGCGUCGUCACCGCUCUGAUCAACACGAACCUGUCGUCCGAUCCGCUGGAACACUGCAUAGGCGUCGCCAAAAGCAAAGCGGUCAUUUUUGGAUCAGAUUUCUCUAAAGUGAUUUCCGACCUAACGGAUCAGACCCGGCGACUUGAACUGUUCGAAUUUAAGACGGGAGAGAAGAUAUCGAGCACGCCGGCGAGCGUGCGAUGUCUCAAAACGGAAUUGGAAAGUCAAAAAACCAUAUCGCCCAUUGUUGACAUAAUCGCGACGCAGCCACGAGAUAAAGUCGUUUAUAUUUACACCUCUGGUACAACCGGGUUGCCCAAAGCUGCCGUCAUAUCCAACACUAGAUUUAUGUUUAUCGUGAUUGGAGUCCACGCGAUGGUCGGCAUCAAAGGGGACGACGUGUAUUACAAUCCGCUGCCGCUUUAUCACAGCGCAGGAGGAAUGGUGGCAGCAGGUCAGACCGUUAUAUUUGGCGUGACGAACGUCUUGAGGAAAAAAUUCUCCGCCACAAAUUACUGGUCCGAUUGCAGGAAAUAUAAAUGCACGAUUUCCAAUUAUAUCGGCGAAAUCUGUCGGUAUUUACUCACGGUACACGGCGACGGAAAUGCCGUCGAACACGACGUGAAAAAAAUGAUCGGUAACGGACUGCGACCUCAGAUCUGGAACAAAUUCCGAGACACGUUCAAGAUACAAAAUAUUUACGAAUUUUACGGGUCCACCGAAGGAAAUUCGAACUUGAUUAACAUCGACAAUAAAAUUGGAGCAGUAGGAUUUGUACCGAGAUACGCUUACGGCCUUUACCCGAUUAUACUGAUCAAAUGUGACGAAAAUACGGGGGAACCGAUAAGAAACAACGAAGGGUUCUGUACGCAGUGCGAGGUUGACGAGCCGGGCAUCCUCCUCGGCAAAAUCAACCCCAGAAAGGUUCACAGCGAAUUUACAGGUUACGCCGAUGAGAAGGCGACCAAAAAGAAGAUUUUGAAGGACGUUUUUCAAACCGGCGACCUUUAUUUCAACUCGGGCGACGUUCUGGUGCAGGACGAGCUUGGCUAUUACUAUUUCCGUGAUAGGACUGGGGACACGUACAGGUGGAAAGGAGAAAAUGUUUCCACUAGCGAGGUGGAAGCGGUAAUCAGCAGCAUUGUGGAUCUCAAGGACUCCGCAGUUUACGGAGUACAGAUUCCUGGAACGGAAGGUAGGGCGGGCAUGGCCGCCAUUGUCGACCCCCAAAACACCUUGGACCUGGAUCAGCUCUCCAAAGGGGUCAAAUCCAAAUUGCCCGCCUACGCAAUUCCGAUGUUCCUAAGGGUGUUGGACUCUGCGCCGCUCACCGGCACCUUCAAACUCAAAAAGGUCGACCUUCAGAGGGAAGGGUACGACGUGUCGCUCGUUAAAGAUCAUCGGUUGUAUUUUUACAACGCGAAACUGGCCUCGUAUUCACCGUUGACUGGUGACGUGUACGCCGAUAUUAUUAGCGGUAAAAUGAAGCUGUGAUCUGUUGCCGUUCGUUUUAUGUAGUGUAAAUAAUUUUGAUAAAUAAAACAAUAAACGUUUGCCAAUUGGCAUUGUCGUUCUUGUCCGAUUUAUAGGCACAAUACAAAAAGUCCGCCCAGUUUUCAAUUUUGGUGUGGUUUCCCACACACAGUUGUAAUUUUCACAGACCAUAAAUGGCCGUGAUGCGCACCUUUUUGACAACUUUUUCUUUUUCGAAGAAACUUCUUGUUUUUCCUCUUCAGAGCUUGACUCAAACUGGCUCGCAUUUUACUCUGUACCUGCUUAUACAUUGUUUGAGGGGGGGACGGAGUUAAAUGAGGGGCAUCAACACCGUCUCAGAUGCCUGAUUCCCAUAUUGAUGACAGGUUAAAUUGUUAGGUUGCUUAUAGAUUUCUAUACUCUCGGAUUUUUCGUUGGUAGAAGCAUUGAUUACAUGCAAGAAUUUUAGUUUUAUCGAAAAAAACUGCUGAUGAGUUUAUUUGUUUUAGUCUUAAGGCUUUCAUGUUCUUUGAGCCUAGUUGAUUUGAUUCAAUUCAAUUCAAUUCAAUGAUGCGUUUCACAAAAAAUGUUGGGCUCGACUGCUAGGAUCAUUCGCCCAUUGCCGACUUCCGUCGAGGAUCUUCGCUUUGUGCCAUGGACCAACAGGUACAAAGAAGAAAUAUAACCAAUAUUUGCUCAACUAGCAAAAACCAAUUUCGACCGAUACCAAAAAAACACCGACAUCCCCCCGCUUCCGCCCCGGACCAUCCGGACCCAUCCCGCCUCCAUACCGGCGUGAACGGGGAAAAACGAAGGGGUCGGCGACAGUUAUCACAUUAAAACGUUCACUAAACACUGAAAACACUAAAUCCACCCAGUGGAGACCGAUUUCAAAAUUUUUAGACGAUUACA